AUGUCCAUUGGGCCAAAGGGAAUACCGGUGACCAGUGGGUCAAAGGGAACACCGGUGACCAGUGGGCCAAAGGGAACACCAGUGACCUGUGGGUCAAAGGGAACACUGAUGUCCAGUGGGCCAAAGGGAACACCGGUGACCAGUGGGCUAAAGGGAACACCGGUGACCAGUGGGCCAAAGGGAAUACCAGUGACCAGUGUGCAAAAGGGAACACUGGAGACCUGUAGGUCAAAGGGAACACUGAUCACCAGUGGGCCAAAGGGGACAGCGAAGAUCAGAGGGCCAAAGGGAACACCGGGGACCAGUGGGUCAAAGGGAACACUGGAGACCUGUGAGUCAAAGGAAACACCAGUGACCAGUGGGCAAAAGGGAACACCAGUGACGAGAGGGCCAAAGGGAUCGCCGAAGACCAGAGGGCCAAAGGGGACACCGGUGACCAGUGGGCAAAAGGGAACACCAGUGACCAGUGGGCCAAAGGGAUCGCCGAAGACCAGAGGGCCAAAGGGAACACCAGGGAACAGUGGGCCAAAGGGGACACCGGUGACCAGUGGGCAAAAGGGAAGACCAGUGACCAGUGGGCAAAAGGGAACACCAGUGACGAGUGGGCCAAAGGGAUCGCCGAAGACCAGAGGGCCAAAGGGAACACCGCUGACCAGUGGGCAAAAGGGAACACCAGUGACGAGUGGGCCAAAGGGAUCGCCGAAGACCAGAGGGCCAAAGGGAACACCGGGGACCAGUGGGCCAAAGGGAAUACCGGUGACCAGUGGGUCAAAGGGAACACCGGUGACCAGUGGGCCAAAGGGAACACCAGUGACCAGUGGGUCAAAGGGAACACUGAUGUCCAGUGGGCCAAAGGGAACACCGGUGACCAGUGGGCUAAAGGGAACACCGGUGACCAGUGGGCCAAAGGGAAUACCAGUGACCAGUGUGCUAAAGGGAACACCGGUGACCAGUGGGCUAAAGGGAACACCGGUGACCAGUGGGCUAAAGGGAACACCGGUGACCAGUGGGCUAAAGGGAACACCGGUGACCAGUGGGCUAAAGGGAACACCGGUGACCAGUGGGCUAAAGGGAACACCGAUGACCAGUGGGUCAAAGGACACCGGUGACCAGUGGGCAAAAGGGAAGACCAGUGACCAUGGGCCAAAGGGAACACCGGUGACCCGUGGGACAAAGGGGACACCGGUGACCAGUGGGUCAAAGGGAACACCAGUGAUCAGUGGGUCAAAGGGAUCACCGAUAUCCAGUGGGCCAAAGGGAACACCAGUGACCAGUGGAUCAAAGGGAACACCGGUGACCAGUGGGCCAAAGGGAACACCGGUGACCAGUGGGUCAAAG